UACUUCCGUGUUUUUUAAGGCUGACACAGCCAGAAGUGUCCGCCUUUCCCAGAACACAUUAAAAAGUGGUCAGUCCGGUUCUGUGUGCGGAUGAAGCAAGCAUUAACUCGCGACGCCUUCGACAGAGCCUCAGUGUGACCUGGCUGGCAGUCCCAGUAAGAACCUCCACGCUGACAUGAACACUUCCUGAAUUAAAAAAAAAAAACAAACAGUCUUUGAAGUUGGUCAGAAUCGAGCUUUCAGAAAACCGGCGGACUCCGCGAGCACCAGCGACAGACACGACUGUUUACUGCCAAAGAGGGGACUGAGGUGAGAGGUCACCAUGCCGCCCUUCCUGCGUAUCGCCAUCAACGCUUAUGAAGCUGGGGAUUUGCCAGCUUUCAAUGACCUUCCCGUAUGCGCCAUCAGACUGAAGGAUUCUAUCAACACAGAACGAGGGAAAGCUUUGGUUCAAAGGAAACCAACCAUGUAUCCUCCCUGGAUGACCAGUUUUGAUGCUCACAUCUACGAGGGUCGUGUCCUUGAAGUGAUCCUGAUGCAGGGCACUGAUGUGACCGUGGCCAAAGCCACCAUGGGAAUGUCUGUGCUGGCAGAGCGCUGUAAGAAGGCCAAGACCAGUGGCAAAAAUGAAUUCUGGGUAGACCUGCAGCCAUCAGGAAAGGUUCAGAUGGCAGUGCAGUUUUUCCUGGAGGACGGUGACAUAGUGGCAACAACACAGUCUGUGAAGCCUGAGGAAGAAACAUACACCCUGCCCAGAAGGAGAGGAGCCGUAAGGCAGCCAAAAAUUCACAUCAUCAAGAACCAUGAGUUUAUCGCCACCUUCUUCAACCAACCAACCUUCUGCUCUGUCUGUAAAGAAUUUGUGUGGGGACUCAACAAGCAAGGUUACAAGUGUAAACAAUGCAAUGCUGCAAUCCACAAGAAGUGUAAAGACAAAAUCAUUUACAAUUGUACUGGAACAGCAGCCAACAGUCGUGAGACUAUGUUCCAGAAGGAGCGCUUUAAGAUUGAUAUGCCACAUCGUUUCAAGGCCUACAACUACAAGAGCCCCACAUUCUGCGACCACUGUGGCAGCCUGCUGUGGGGCCUCUACAAGCAGGGCCUGAAAUGUGAAGCUUGUUCGAUGAACGUUCAUUUUAAUUGUAACAGCAAAGUGGCUAAUCUGUGUGGAGUCAAUCAGAAAUUGCUGGCAGAAGCUCUGUCUCAGCUCACGGUCUCACAGAAAUCCUCAAAGAAAUCUCAGGGCUCUGAAUCUGAGGCCGAAGUACCCGAUGUUGGCAUUUACCAAGACGUGAAGACUACAACAGUAGACCCGAAUGCAGAUGACAAGAACAAGACUCCUACCCCAUCUCCUACCCCAUCCCCUGCUCCUCAACUGCACCUCACUCUCAAUCACUUGGUGUUCCACAAGGUGCUGGGAAAAGGAAGUUUUGGCAAGGUCCUGUUGGCAGAGCUGAGAGGAAAGGGUCAGUUCUUUGCUGUGAAGGUUCUGAAGAAGCAUGUUGUUCUCAUGGAUGAUGAUGUGGAGUGCACCAUGGUGGAAAAAAGAGUUCUGGCUCUCGCCUGGGAGAACCCCUUCCUCACUCACCUUUACUCCACAUUCCAGUCCAAUGAGCACCUCUUCUUUGUGAUGGAGUACCUGAAUGGGGGUGACUUGAUGUUUCACAUUCAAGACAAAGGCCGCUUUGAUAUCACCAGAGCCACAUUCUACGCUGCUGAGAUAGUGGUGGGAUUGAAUUUCCUUCAUUCAAGAGGAAUCGUUUACAGAGAUUUGAAGCUGGACAACAUCAUGCUCGAUUGUGAUGGACACAUAAAGCUGGCUGACUUUGGCAUGUGUAGAGAGAACAUCUCUCAAGAAAACAGAGCCUCCACAUUCUGUGGAACUCCAGACUACAUUGCCCCUGAGAUCCUGCUGGGACAAAAGUACACCUUCUCAGUGGACUGGUGGUCCUUUGGUGUACUGGUGUACGAGAUGCUGAUUGGUCAGUCACCUUUUCAAGGUGACGACGAAGACGAGUUGUUUGAAGCCAUCAGGACAGACACCCCUCACUACCCUCGAUGGAUCACCAAGGACUCCAAGAAUCUGCUUGAACAACUGUUUAUAAAAGAUCCGAUUACCAGGAUGAGUGUGGUUGGGAAUAUUCGUUUACAUUCCUUCUUUAAAUCCAUCAACUGGACUGCUCUGGAAAAGAGACAAGUGGAACCCCCCUACAAGCCAAAAGUGAAAUCCCCAAGUGACUGCAGCAACUUUGAUCGUGAGUUCCUCAAUGAGAAACCCCACCUCUCCAAGUGUGACAAAAACUUGGUUGAAUCCAUGGACUGCAAUGCAUUCGCUGGCUUUUCUUUCAUCAACCCAAAACUGGAAAAUAUGAUAUCCUAAUGAACAGGAACAACAGCAUUCUCUGAAGCACAGCUAUACCUCUGCAGUCUUAUGGGCUGUGCAAUUCUUUUAUUAUGUAUUCUUCUGUCAGCUGGGUUUGAGUCUCACUCUGACUUUUAAAGUCCCUCUUCUGCAACGUGAUUGUUACCAAAAUGUUUAAUGUCGAUAGCAAAACUCAGCUUUAAUUGUGAAACUAUAAGGCAAAUAAUAGUUUUUAAAUUCAGGAUAGGAUGGGAGUUCUGUUUUUGUUUUGUUUUUCUUGCAACAACUGUUGUGGUACAGUCGAUGAUGAAUUCACUUGUAUUUUAUUUUUUCUUGACAUAUCUUGUUUAGGUUAUAGUUUAAACUUAUAUUAUUACCAUCAUUGUAUUUUUAAGUUUGUAGUCACAGGCAAAGGGUAAAAUUUUUGUUUAAUCAGUUAUUUUGUAUAUAUCUAGAAAAAACAUACAGGCCAAAAUCACCUGCACAGUUCUGUCUCACCAGCUGUUUUUGGGAUGCAUAUAAACUCUUGUGAAGGCAGUUGUAUUGUUUCUUGGUGGAAAUACUUGCUAAGGUAGUCAUUGCACAGACAAUUGUUCAAUUUGAAGUUAUUUUUCUUUCUUGUACUGUAAGCAAAUAGUUAGGAAGUUAAAUUUUAGAUAUAUUUGGAGGCAAGUGAGCAUUCGUAGUGUUUUUUUUUUUUUUUUUACUGGAGAUGAUUCCUUCAGAGUCCUACUUUUAAAGAGAUUUAAAUGAAAGUCGUAUUUUGUGCACUACUUGUACCAAAUGCUAUUCUGUAUAUUAAACUAAGUUGUAUCCUCCUCUUUCCAUAUGCAAUACUAACACAGGUACCUAAGCUAUGUGUAUGGAACAAUAGGGUUUUUGUUUUCAUGGAACGUUGGGCAUUUUUCUGUUGAAACAGGUUUUAAUAUGCAUAAACCAAAUGGAUAGAAUUAGAGAAUUGGCUUUUACCGUUUACUGUCUCAGUUUCACAUUUGAUUCUAAAUAAAUGUACUGUAAACCUUAA